AUGAUUUUUCAAUCUUUUCUACUAGGUAAUCUAGUAUCCUUAGGCAUGAAGAUAAUCAAUUCGGUCGUUGUGGUCGGACUCUAUUAUGGAUUUCUGACCACAUUCUCCAUAGGGCCCUCUUAUCUCUUCCUUCUCCGAUCUCAGGUUAUGGAAGAAGGAGAAGAAGGAACCGAGAAGAAGGUAUCAGCAACAACUGGUUUUAUUAUGGGACAGCUCAUGAUGUUCAUAUCGAUCUAUUAUACGCCUCUGCAUCUAGCAUUGGGUAGACCUCAUACAAUAACUGUCCUAGCUCUACCCUAUCUUUUGUUUCAUUUCUUCUGGAACAAUCACAAACACUUUUUUGAUUAUGGAUCUACUAGCAGAAAUUCAAUGCGUAAUCUCAGCAUUCAAUGUGUAUUCCUGAAUAAUCUCAUUUUUCAAUUAUUCAACUAUUUCAUUUUACCAAGUUCAACGUUAGCCAGAUUAGUCAACAUUUAUAUGUUUCGAUGCAACAACAAGAUGUUAUUUGUAACAAGUAGUUUUGUUGGUUGGUUAAUUGGUCACAUUUUAUUCAUGAAAUGGGUUGGAUUGGUAUUAGUCUGGAUACAGCAAAAUCAUUCUAUUCGAUCUAAUAAGUACCUUGUGUCAGAAUUGAGAAAUUCUAUGGCUCGAAUCUUUAGUAUUCUCUUCUUUAUUACCUGUGUCUACUAUUUAGGCAGAAUGCCGUCACCUAUUUUUACUAAAAAACUGAAAGAAACCCCAGAAACGAAAGAAAGUGAGGAAGAAACAGAACAGGAAGAAGAGGGAUUCACCGAAGAAGAUCCUUCUCCUUCCCUUUUUUCGGAAGAAAAGGAGGAUCCGGACAAAAUCCAAAUCGAUGAAAUGGAAAAGAUCCGAGUGAAUGGAAAGGACAAAACAAAGGAUGAAUUCCACUUGCACUUAAAAGAAGCAUGCUAUAAAAAUAGCCCAACUUCGUUAGAAAUACUUAAAGAAGAAAAGAAAAACUUCUUCGGGUUUGAAAAAUCCCUUCUUUUUCUUCUUUUCGACUAUAAACGUUGGAAUCGUCCAACGCGAUAUAUAAAAAACAAUCGAUUUGAAAAUGCGGUAAGAAAUGAAAUGUCACAAUAUUUUUUUUAUACAUGUCAAAAUGAUGGAAAACAAAGAAUUUCUUUUACAUAUCCACCCAGUUUAUCAAUUUUCUGGGAAAUGAUACAAAGAAAGAUUUCUUUGGAUACAACAGAAAAAUUCUUAUAUGAUGAUGAACUAUCCAAUAAUUGGAUUUCUACAAAUGAACAAAAAAGAAACAGUUUAAGCAAUGAAUUAAAUAAUAGAAUUACGGUUCUAGACAAAGACAUUUUUUAUAUAGAUGUACUCGAUAAAAAAACAAGAUUAUGCUUAGAAAACAAAAUAGUAAAUUAA